UCUUUUUUAUGCAACUAAAAGAAAACAUCAUUCUAUUUCUCACAAGUAACAAUGUCUAUUAUGAUAAUCAUAGCCAUUUUGGUCAUAGCUCUUUAUGGGAGAAAGGUAUGGGCAUUUAUAAGCCUUUUUAUUACACACCAUUUCUUUGUAAACAGCUUCAAAAAGUUGAUCCUGAAAGGAAGAAGACUCUUUGUUACGCCUAGAAUUUGCUUAACGAAGGCCAAUCAAAUCAAAGAAUUUCUGUUUAUGUACAGUCCGAACAAAGGAUAUAUACUGGUUCAAAAAAUAAGAAAGCAUUUCCAUGGCUACCCUCUAUUGAGGGUUCUAGGGCUCGAUUGGACUCAGCGACGACGUUUUCUUGAACCAGUUUGGUACCCAUCGAAGGUUCAGGAUUUGGAAUAUGGGUGCAUGGUAGAUUGCACAGAAAUCACUGUCGAAUUACUGCAAUUAGAAGUUGGAAACGAACCGAUUGAGAUUAGCAAGCACGUUAGUAUUCUAACCUCUCAUAUCAUGGCCAGAAUAGAAUUUGGGUGUAGCUAUGAACAAGGAAUAUUAAUUGUCAAAUUGUUAAACCAGUACAAGCAGAUAAUUAGUGCUCAAUCUACCUGGCACUCAUACAUCUACAGGCGUAGAGAGCUCAAAGUAAUAGAAAAUCAAGUGGAGAGGAUUUUGCUGGAGAUUAUACAACCGCGAGUAGAUCAUGUGACUAUCGGGCGAAUCAGCUCACAUGGGAAUGAUUUACUGGGCAAGUUUUUGGAUGAGAUGCACAAGAAAUUCGGCUUCAUUAAUAUGAAGUUGAUUGUGGAUCAAUGCAAGAAAUCCUUGUUUGUCGGUGAUGAACCAACUACUCAUUUAAUCACUUCGACCCUUACUCUUUUAUCUCGCAACCCAUAUUGGCAAGAUCUAGUUCGUGCUGAGAUCAACGAGCGGUGCCAUGGACACCCACCCACGGCUCAUCAGCUUCGCAUGCAUGGAUUGUUAAACAUGGCAAUUAAAGAAUCCCUUCGGCUUUACCCACCAGUGGCUAUAAUUGAGCGUAUGGUUUGUGAAGAUAUAAGGCUAAGGGAUGGGUUGGUUAUUGAGAAAGGAGUAGCAGUAUGUAUCCCAGUAAAAACCAUACAUCUCAGUGAAGAAAUAUGGGGAGAGGACGUCCAUGAAUUUAACCCUCUACGUUUUGCGGACGAUGCAUGUGCUGAACCUCGCAAGCACUUCCUCCCAUUUUCAACUGGUACUCAAAAUUGUCCUGCCCAGUAUUUUGCUUUGAUGAAAGCCAAGAUAAUUUUGGCCCUGUUUUUAUCAAGGUUUAGAUUUAUUUAGCAUGUAUGCAUGCACGCACUUUCUCCCUUUUCCUUGAAUUUGUAUUUUUAAUUGCGUCUGCUUGAAGGAGAGUGUUAUAUUUAUAUACAUAUUUACUGUUCCA